GGGGCAGAGGCGGCCAGGGGAAAGUCCAGCCUCCGGGCGUUCCGCGCCGCUGGGCCGACCUCCCGGGCUUGAUCUGGGGCCCCGCACCGACGGACCGGCCCUGGCGGCGCUGCACUCCCGGCGCGCGGAGACUGGCGAGAUGCGGCUGCUCCUGCUUGUUCCGCUGCUGCUGGCCCCGGCGCCCGGAUCCUCGGUUGCCAAUGUGAGACGGCAGACUGACGCCUGGGGCCCCUGGGGCCAGUGGAGCCCCUGCAGCCGGACCUGCGGCGGGGGCAUCAGCUUCCGGGAACGCCCCUGCUACAGCCAGAGGAGAGAUGCAGGCUCCGGCUGCGUGGGCCCCUUCCGGAGCCACCGCUCGUGCCGCACGGAGAGCUGCCCCGGCGGCGCCCGCGACUUUCGGGCCGAGCAGUGCGCGGAGUUCGACGGCGCCGACUUUCAGGGAAGGCGCUACAAGUGGCUGCCCUACUAUGGCGCCCCCAACAAGUGUGAGCUGCACUGCAUUCCCAAGGGGGAGAGCUUCUAUUACAAGCACAGGGAGGCCGUGGUGGACGGGACGCCCUGCGAGCCCGGCGGGCGCGACGUCUGUGUGGAAGGCAGAUGCCGGGUUGUCGGCUGCGACCACAAGCUGGACUCCCCCAAGCAGGAAGAUGAGUGUCUGCAGUGCGGGGGCGACGGCUCCACCUGCUACCCCGUCAGAGGCACCUUUGACGCCAAUGACCUCAGCAGAGGUUACAACCAGAUACUGGUGAUUCCCGUGGGAGCCACCAGCAUCCACAUCGAGGAGGCUGCAGCCAGCAGGAACUUCCUGGCGGUGAAGAACACUCGCGGGCAGUACUACCUCAACGGGCACUGGACGGUGGAGGCAGCCGGGGUCCUGCCGGUGGCCAACACCAUCCUGCAGUACGAGCGCGGUGCCGAGGGGGACCUGGCCCCCGAGCGGCUCCGUGCCCGGGGCCCCAUCUCGGAACCCCUGGUCAUCGAGCUCAUCAGCCAGGAGGCCAACCCCGGCGUGCACUUUGAGUACUACCUGCCCCUCGGAGCCCCCUACCCGGGCUUCAGCUGGAGCCACACCUCCUGGAGUGAAUGCAGCACCGAAUGUGGUGGAGGUCACCAGACCCGCUUGGUGUUCUGCACCACGGACACCGAGGCCUACCCUGACCACAUGUGCCAGCACCUGCCCCAGCCCGCCAGCCGCCGCCAGUGCAACCCUCAGCCCUGCCCCCAGACCAAGCGCUGGAAGACAGGCCCGUGGACGCCCUGCUCGGUCUCCUGUGGAGGUGGCACCCAGUCCCGCUCUGUCUAUUGCGUGUCCACCGACGGGGCCGGCGGCCUGGAAGCCGCGGAGGAGGCCGCGUGUGCGGGACUGCCCCGGAAGCCGCCCGCUACCCAGGCCUGCAACCUGCAGCGCUGUGCAGCCUGGAGCGCCGGGCCCUGGUCCGAGUGCUCCAAGAGCUGCAACUCAGGCACUAGGAGGCGACAGGUCGUGUGUGCCACGGGGCCACCCAGCCACUGCAGGAGCCUGCGACAGCCGAGGCCGGCGGACGUGGAGCCCUGCAACACGCAGCCCUGCCACCUGCCCCCGGAGGUCCCCAGCGUGCAGGACCCGCACAUGCGCCCGAGCCCCAGGGAGCCCGGGGCGCCUUUGGGUCGGAGAGAGGCGCCCCCUGCAGACACCAGAAACCAGCAGUGGGCAGCUCGAGAGCCACCGGGGGCCUGGGACGGUCCCAGGCGAGACUGGGGGCGCCGGCGGCCAGAGCCCGGCCCAGCCUCCGGCGCGCAGCCGCCCCCGAGGUCCCGCGACUGCAGGCACAGCCCCCACGGGUGCUGCCCCGACGGCUACACGGCGUCGCUCGGGCCGCAGUGGCAGGGCUGCCCCGGGCCCAGGGUCUCGUGCCAGCAGAGCAGGUACGGGUGCUGCCCCGAUGGGGUGUCUGUGGCCCAGGGGCCCCAGCAGGCUGGCUGUGAGAGACCCUACGGCGGCGGGGACAGCCGUGGGAGCAGACCAGGGUCCAGGGCGGCGGCUUCUGCAGUCCCCAACGCCCACUGGCCCCAGGCCCAGCAGAGCGAGCCCAGUGCCUGCCGGGGCUCCCAGUUUGGCUGUUGCUAUGACAACGUGGCCUCCGCCGCAGGCCCCCUGGGGGAAGGCUGCGUGGGCCAGCCCGGCUACGCCUACCCUGUGCGGUGCCUGCUGCCCAGCGCCCACGGCUCCUGCACAGACUGGGCGGCCCGCUGGUACUUCGUUGCCUCAGUGGGCAGAUGUAACCGAUUCUGGUAUGGUGGCUGCCAUGGCAACGCCAAUAACUUCGCCUCGGAGCAGGAGUGCAUGAGCAUCUGCCGAGGGCCUCCAGAUCCGGGGGCCUCCGGCCAGGGCACCCACGCGGAGGGUGCCGGCACCGGUCCCAGAGGCCAGCAGGAAUACGGCUGGCACAGGACGGGGGACACGGUGCCGGGAAAGCCUUUGGCUUCUGGUGGUCUCUGGCGGCCAGACCAAGAGCCUGGCCCUGGGCAGGCCCCUCACUCCCAGGCCUUUGGAGAACGGCCCUGGGACCAGGAGCAUGGGUCCAGGGCCCCUGGAGCAGGCGGAGAUGCUGGACGGUCAGCGCGACCCUCUCUCAGCCCCUCCCACAGCUUGGCAGGCUCAGGGCCCUUCCUGGUGCAGGCAGCCCUGGGGCAGGUGGUCCAGCUCUUCUGCCCGGGGGACUUCUCUCCAGCGCCCCAGGCUGUGUGGCAGAAAGAUGGCCGGCCCGUCUCCUCUGACAGGCAUAAGCUGCAGUCCGAUGGCUCCCUGGUCAUCAGCCCACUGCGGGCAGAAGACGCAGGCAGCUACAGCUGUGCCAGCGCCAGGCCAGGCCGCGACUCCCAGACAGUCCAACUGCGCAUCACAGGGGGUGACGUGGCCAUGCCCUCUGAGGCCGAGCAGACGCGCUUCCCUCAGACCAGGGACCCAGCCCAGGGCCACAGGCCUCAGGCCUCCAGCCUGGGAGGGGAUGCCAGGGGCCAGGGGACUGUCCCCGCCUCACACCCACGGCCUGCAACCAGGCUGCGUCUGGACCAGAACCAGCCCAGCGUGGUAGAGGCCAGUGCAGGGCAGCGGGUUCGGCUGACCUGCCACGCGGAAGGCUUCCCGCCCCCAACUAUCGAGUGGCACAGAGACGGACAGCCCCUCUCCUCUCCCAGACACCAGCUGCAGCCUGACGGCUCCCUGGUCAUCAGCCACGUGGCUGGGGAAGAUGAUGGCUUCUACACCUGUGUUGCUUUCAAUGGGCAGGACCGAGACCAGCGAUGGGUGCAGCUCAGAGUUCUGGGGGAGCUGACAAUCACAAGGCUGCCCCCUACCGUGACAGUGCCAGAGGGCGACACAGCCAGGCUGCCGUGUGUGGUAGCAGGGGAAAGUGUGAACAUCAGGUGGUCCAGGAAUGGGGUGCCGGUGCAGGCCGAUGGUCACCGUGUCCACCAGUCCCCAGAUGGCACGCUGCUGAUCCGUAACUCGCAGGCCAGGGAUGAGGGCUCCUACACGUGCAGUGCCUACCGUGGGAGCCAGGCUGUCAGCCGCAGCACCGAGGUGAAGGUGGUCACCCCAGCCGCUGCCGCCCAACCGAGGGACCCCAGCACAGAGUGCAUUGACCAGCCAGAGCUGGCCAACUGCGAUCUGAUCCUGCAGGCCCAGCUCUGUGGCAACGAGUAUUACUCCAGCUUCUGUUGUGCCAGCUGUUCACGGUUCCAGCCUCACGCUCAGCCGGUCUGGCAGCAGGGAUGAAAGCUCCCUUCAGCCCUGGUUCUAAAAUAGUUCUUAGGGCCGGAGAGAAGGGCAGAUGGACUUCCUGGCUGGCUAGCAAAGGGGGUCAUCUUCUGGAGACACUGGCCCUUUCGAAGCCCGCCCAGUGUUCAGCCUCAGCAGCAGCCAGUACCGGCCUCCCCAUGUAGUGCUCAGCAGUGUGUUGUGUCUGCCAUAACCACAGGCUACUAAGAUGUCAAGAGGAUGACUGUGGGUAAGGGUGAAGUUCACUUUGCAGUCCCCAUGUAAUUGUUACAGGCGGAGAUGGUUGGGAUCAGAACCGUUUCAGAUUCUGGAACAUGUGCAUAGACCAUCCCAGUUGAGCACCCCUAACUCAAAAAAUCGAACUCUCUGAACUGCAACUUCUUGAGUGCCAGGAUGAAACUCAAAAAUCUUCGUCACUUCAGAAAAUUUUUGAAUUACGGAUGUUCAACUGAUGGACAGAAAUCAGUUUCCUGUGCUUUUAAAGUAACUUGCCAGGGAGGCCUGGAAUGAAUUCUGAGUUAACAUUUGUCUUAUAAGGGGAAUGCCAACUGCUGUAUCAAGGAAGUAUAAGGAAUCUUCAAAAAGUUAAUGGAAAGUACAUAUUAUAAAAAAACUACGUGUGGACUUCAGUUUCUUGGGGCACCAAAAUAAACUUUUAAAUUCUAUGUUC